AUGAGCUCUCCGAUGAGCUCCCCUCUGAGUCAGUGCGAACAAUCUGUGUCUGUUGAAUCCACUGUCCUCCCUUCACGGAGCCCAUCACCUCAGGCUGAACCAGAAAAGACAAAGAAGAGAGGCCGUCCUCCCAAGGAACAGCCAGAAAAAGCCAACACUGCACCAAUCAACCUUAAAUUAGCUAUAUAUCCCCAGGAUGAGAUGAAGAAGCCUGACAAAAGACGAAAAGAUGUAGCAGCACUCCUAGGUCAAGAUUACCGAGAAGCUCGCCGAACAUCUCAAGCUUAA